AUGCGUUCUUCCUUGCGAUGGGGAAUGGUUUUAAUGGCCAUUUGCUUGUUCGUUUCUUUUGCUAUGCAAGCCUCUGCAGAACCUUGGUGGAAGAGACGUAAUGGAACUUCAAGUGGCUCGAGUUCGAUAAUUGUUGAUCCAUUAGUGGGACCAGCAAUAAUCCAAAUGACAACACCGGCAGUUACUCAAGGAAAAGCAUUAUACAAGAUCGGAAGUCAAGUUACAUUCGGAUGGAAAUACCAAAGCACACCGAUCAUAAAACCUCAAGUUCUUAAUCUUUUAACUCAAGCAUCAACAAAAACUUGGUACACCAUUGCUCAAAAUAUUUCUGCCUCGGCCACCUCAUAUAUAUGGGAUACCUCCAAUCAAAAAAAUCCCCCGUUGGUAAUGGCCGAUUACACCUUAUAUAUCACUGACGAGCGUGGUAUAAAUGCGCCAGCAACUGCUGGUAGAUUAGAACCCUUCAAUGGUCUAGUAUUUUCAUUAUAUUUACCGCAAUCGUAUACCCCAUUGGAUGCGUAUACUUGCGCAACUUGUUAUAGCGAUGGCUCAUUCCCAUUAAUUCCUAUUGCUAUGACAUUUUCCGUGACGGGAGGGAGAGAGACAGAAAGCUUUUACAUUAACAAUGAAAAUAGCAGUAAUAGGAACAAUGCACUGGCCGAGAUUCGGAAACUUGAUAAUGAUAUUGAACAACGGCAGCAGCCUUCUAAAGAACGCGAAGGACAAGUUGAAUGUCUAAAGCCAGAUAAUCAUUCAUUUGAAAGUUUACUAUGGAAAAGUACACAUUGUCAAAGUUGUGUUGCACCCGAAGAUGCCAAUAACGUUUCUUCACACAUGGACAUUAACUCAAAUAAAGACACGAUAUCUCAUAGAGAAGGAAAGAAGUAUUUUAAUUUUCCAUCUUUAUUCGCAGCAUCUUCUUCCCUGCAUUUCAAUUACAAGGAGGAAAAUAAGAGCAAUAAAAAAUCAGCAAAUUCGAAUAAUCAUCAAUCGAUAUUGCCAUUUGUCGAGUGGCGAAAAGACACGUUAAAAAAGGAGGUGACCAAACAACAACUUGCUGUGUUAACAAAUCACGCGUCGCUUGAUUGUGCCGCAUCAAUAUUAAAAGCAAAUCCCGAGGCAAAAGGAACACACGCCAUUCUAUCGGAAAGCAAAGAUUUUUACAUGUUGAAUAAAUGCAACGCGCAAAAAUAUAUAGUGGUAGAAUUAUGCGAAGAUAUCCUUAUAAAGUCCUUUGUAUUGGCGAAUUUUGAAUUUUUUUCUUCGACUUUUAAAGAAUUUAGAGUUUCAAUCAGUAAUCGAUAUCCGCCUUCGCCCACAUCUAACGAUGGUAAAAAUGAUGAUGGAUGGCAUCUGUUGGGCGAAUUCAAAGCAAAGAAUUCUAGAGAAAUGCAAUUAUUUGAAGUACGUGAUCCAGUAAUAUGGGCAAGAUAUCUAAGAAUUGAUUUUUUAACACAUUAUGGGAAUCAAGUUUACUGCCCUGUUAGUUUACUGAGAGUUCAUGGUACUACAAUGAUCGAAGAGUAUAAGAAUCACGAGGAAAACAUUCGGAUGAAUAGCGAUGAAAGUAUUAUUGGCGAUCAAUCUCCUCGAAUAUAUUCGCCGCCGUAUGACGAGAUUACCGACUCGACUUCCAAAGAUGAAAAUAGUUUAUCAUCGAACAAUCAAAUCUCAUUGAAUUCAGACAAACCAACUACAACCAUUACUGCUACUAAUACCAAAACAGUAAAUUUACCCACCACAAUCAUUACUUAUUACUAUAAUACAUCACCACCGCCACCCUAUACUGGAUCCGGUGGUGGAUCAGGAACACUGAGUGUCUUUCAGAAAAUUCAAAAUAAGAUAUCGAAUUUAGAGGCGAAUGCCACAUUCUUUCGACGGUACUUGGAGGAACAAGGUAAUCUGUUGGCGGAUAUUUGGAAACGAUAUCAAGAAUCGGAAACUAAAUGGCAGCAAGUGAUCUGGGGAUUAAAUCAAACCGUGGAAAUGUUGACGAAAUCCCAAGAGCAAACACUUGAUGCAUUAAAACGUAUUGAGAAUGACGUGCGUCUUAAUGACCAACAUAUUAGCAUAUUAAAAUCUGAUUUACACCGAUUAUAUAUUCAGUCUGUUUUGGUGGAGUACAUGUUUAUCGGUCUUUAA